AGGCGCGUCGCCCGCUUUCACAGCCGAACGGAGGGACGGACUGUAGCCGCGCCGGCCGGAGCGAGCGCCCUGCGCCCCGGGGCGCCGUGCAGGCGCGCGUCCCCGACCCAUGGCUGACCCCGAGCGAUCCGCGCUCGGAGCCGACGCGCCCCUCGGCCUGGAGUGCCCCUGGGCGCUGCCCUGAGCGGCGGCGGCGAUGCGGCCAGCGCGGCGGCGGCCGGGGCUGGCGACGGCCGCGAGGAGCUCGGAGGACGCGGAGCGCGCCGCGCCCCGGACACUCGCCGAGGAGCCGCCCCUCCGGGAGCCGGCGUGGGGGCAAGGAGCCAGGACCUCCCGGCGCCCGGGAUGACCGCAGCUGGCCAGGCCACCCCCUACAGCACCGUGUCGUUGUCGGAGGACGGGCUGCACCUGGUCACCAUGUCGGGCACCAAUGGCUUUGGCAACGGCAAGGUGCACACGCGGCGCAGGUGCCGGAACCGCUUCGUCAAGAAGAACGGCCAGUGCAACAUCGAGUUCGCCAACAUGGACGAGAAGUCACAGCGCUACCUGGCCGACAUGUUCACCACCUGCGUGGACAUCCGCUGGCGCUAUAUGCUGCUGCUCUUCUCGCUGGCUUUCCUCGCCUCCUGGCUGCUCUUCGGCGUCAUCUUCUGGGUCAUCGCCGUGGCGCACGGCGACCUGGAGCCGGCGGAGGCCCGCGGCCGCCCGCCCUGUGUGCUGCAGGUCCACGGCUUCAUGGCCGCCUUCCUCUUCUCCAUCGAGACUCAGACCACCAUCGGCUACGGGCUGCGCUGCGUGACGGAGGAGUGCCCCGUGGCCGUCUUCAUGGUGGUGGCGCAGUCCAUCGUGGGCUGCAUCAUCGACUCCUUCAUGAUCGGCGCCAUCAUGGCCAAGAUGGCCCGGCCCAAGAAGCGGGCGCAGACGCUGCUGUUCAGCCACCACGCGGUAGUGGCGCUGCGGGACGGCCGGCUCUGCCUCAUGUGGCGCGUGGGCAACCUGCGCAAGAGCCACAUCGUGGAGGCCCACGUGCGGGCCCAGCUCAUCAAGCCCCGGGUCACGCAGGAGGGCGAAUACAUCCCGCUGGACCAGCUGGACAUGGACGUGGGCUUUGACAAGGGCCUGGACCGCAUCUUCCUGGUGUCGCCCAUCACCAUCUUGCAUGAGAUUGAUGAGGCCAGCCCGCUGUUCGGCAUCAGCCGGCAGGACCUGGAGGCGGACGACUUCGAGAUCGUGGUGAUCUUGGAGGGCAUGGUGGAGGCCACGGCCAUGACCACGCAGGCCCGCAGCUCCUACCUGGCCAGCGAGAUCCUCUGGGGCCACCGCUUCGAGCCCGUCCUCUUUGAGGAGAAGAACCAGUACAAGAUCGACUACUCGCGCUUCCACAAGACCUACGAGGUGCCCGCCACACCCCGCUGCAGCGCCAGAGACCUGGCGGAGAACAAGUUCCUGCUGCCCGGCACCAGCUCCUUUUGCUACGAGAACGAGCUGGCCUUCGUGAGCCCUGACGAGGAGGACGCGGCCGAGGACGACCCGGCCGGCGGCCUUCAGGCCAGGCUAGGCCUCGCCAGGCCCCCUGCCGGCAGCAGUGCCCUGGAGCCACGGCCCUACCGGCGGGAGUCAGAGAUCUGAGUGGCCGUGGGCCAUGGGGCAGCCCCCACCACCGGACAGGCCCUGGGUGUGCGCAGAACAGAAGGGCCGGGGCCCUGGUGGCCGACUCAGUGGCACGUUAGCUGUUUCGUGCUUCACAGUGGCCUUGGGAGGCUGGCAGGAGCGCGGGCGGCCGGAGCGGGCGGUCCUGGCCUCAGAGGCCCUUGCAGGCCGGGCCGCCGGGGCGGGUGCGUCUGCCUGAGGGAAGAGCUGCCGUCGCCCAAACCGGCCGCAGG